AUGGCAGAGGCGUUCCUUCAAAUAGUUCUUGAAAAUCUGAGCUCAUUAAUCAAAGGUGAGAUUGGAUUGAUUGUUGGUGUGGAUGAAGAGAUGAAUAAUCUCUUCAGCACACUCACCACCAUUCAAUCCGUGCUCAAAGAUGCCGAAAUGAAUCGACUUCAAAUCGAGGCCAUACAGAAUUGGCUAAUCAAGCUAAGUGAUCUUACAUAUGAGAUUGAUGACAUCUUGGAUGAGUGUGCUACACAAUUCUCUAUAUCGAAGCACCAAAACAGCAAAUCCAGUCGCUAUAGCUUGAAGAAAAUUCUCUUUCGGCGCAAAAUCGGAACAAGGAUGAAGCAGGUCACGGAGAAACUGGAUGCGGUUGCUGCAGAGUGUUCGAAGUUCCAUUUGCGCGAUAUGGCUGUCGAUAAGUCGAUCGAGGAAGAAGAUGCAGAGAAGAUUGUUGACAUGUUAGUCAACCAGGUCAACGACAAUCAAGAAAUUACCAUCCUCCCCAUAAUUGGUGUUGGAGGCCUUGGCAAGACUACCCUUGCUCGAUUAGUCUACAACGAUCAACGGGUCGUUGAACAUUUUGACAAAUGCAUUUGGGUUUGUGUGUCCGACAAUUUUGAUGUCAAGACUUUGUUGAAAGCAAUGAUUGAGUCUGCCGCUGAAAGUGCUUCAGAUUUAGCAAACUUGGAUACUUUACAGCACCGACUCCGAGAGUUUCUAAAUCACAAGAAGUACUUACUUGUGCUGGACGAUGUUUGGAACGAAAAUCAAGAAAAGUGGUCGGAAUUGAAAAAUGUUCUCGCGUGUGGCUCAACUGGUAGUUCGAUUAUUGUCACCACACGCCUCAAAGAAGUUGCUGAUUUAAUGGGAACACUUCCAUCUCAUCACUUGUCACGAUUAUCUGACGAGCAAUGCUGGAUGCUGUUCAAAGAACGUGCAUUCGGACAAGAGAAAGAGGAAUAUCCAAACCUGGAAGCCAUUGGGAAGCAGAUUGUGAACAAGUGUGGUGGUGUUCCUGUGGCAGCUAAGGCACUCGGAGGUCUGUUGCGGUUUAAGAGAGAAGAGACGGAAUGGAUUAAUGUGAAAGAAAGCGAAAUAUGGGAAUUACCCGAAACUCGGAUACUGCCAGCCUUGAGAUUGAGUUAUCAUCAUCUUCCUUUGGCAUUGAGACAAUGUUUUGCUUAUUGUGCCGUAUUUCCGAGGGAAUCUCGUAUUGAGAAAGGAGAACUGAUCUUUAUGUGGAUGGCGCACGGAUAUAUUUCACCAAAGGGAGCUUUGGAAAUGGAGGAUGUUGGCAAUAAUAUAUGUGAUGAGCUAGUUUUGAGAUCCCUUUUGCAAUAUGACAGUCGAAAUGCAGAUGAAAAGACUUUGAUUAUGCACGAUCUUGUUCGUGAUCUCGCCCAAUCAAUCAUGGAGAACAAAAUUCCCGGAGUACAAGUCCAAAGGGCGAACGUUAGAAGCGCAUCUGAUCACAACAAAAUCCGCGAGGUAAAUUUGGGUAAAAAGUUUGUUGCAUUCCCGAAGAGUAAUCAAUCGGAAAUGGACAUGUCUUUCGUUUUAAACAACUUUUUCCGUUUGAGAAUACUGGAUGCAAGUGGGACAAGGAUAAACCAAUUGUCCUCUGCGGUAGGCAAUUUGAAACAUCUGCGACAGUUGAACUUGUCUGGAACUCAAAUCCGUACCCUACCCGACUCACUAUGUCGUCUCUGGAAUUUGCAAGUUUUGAAUUUGGAUGACUGCGAAAAGCUCGAGGCUUUACCGAAGAAGACGAGGGACUUGAUCAAUCUCCGUCAUCUAUUUUUGGAAGAUUGUGAAUCGUUAACGGAGAUGCCAUCUAAAAUUGGAGAACUUACUAGCCUAAGAACAUUGAGUCAGUUCAUAGUGGGUCGUAACAGAGGCAAUCGCCUUGAAGAAUUGCAGUGCUUGAAGCUGGGCGGUAAGCUUACUAUUCGGCAUUUGGAGAGAGUUGAAAACCUUAUGGAUGCAAAGAAAGCAAAUCUUGCCGAAAAGGAAAAUCUUCUUCACUUGAAUUUGCCACUGGGAAAGUGA